CGGAUGGUAGCUCCCGCAUUUACCAUUUUCAUUAACCACACCCACGUUGCUUGGGCAGAGCUUUGGUCGGGGGGAUCCAUGGACUCUUCUUCCGAUGCGCCGCUGCUGGCCGCGAGGUGGGAAGAGCCCGGCAGUACCAGCCGGCGCUGGUGUAGGGAAGCCGCGCAGCUGGCGGGGCUUGCGGCGCCGAUGGUGGUGGUGAUGCUGCUGCAGGUCACGAUGCAGUUCAUCUCCACCGUCAUGGUGGGGCACCUCGGCGACGUCGCGCUCGCCGGUGCGGCCAUCGCCAACUCCCUCACCAACGUCUCCGGCUUCAGCGUCCUUAUUGGACUGGCAGGCGGAUUGGAAACUCUUUGUGGGCAGGCCUAUGGAGCAGAACAAUAUCAUACAUUAUCUUUAUGUACCUACAGGUCCAUCAUUGCACUUCUUGUUGUGAGUGUGCCCAUCUCCAUUGUUUGGUGUUUCAUCCCGGAAGUACUUCCUCUCAUGGGCCAGGAACCACAAAUUGCAAAUGAGGCUGGCAAAUAUGCAUUAUGGCUUAUCCCUGGUUUAUUUGCCUUCGGUGUUACUCAAUGCUUUUCAAAGUUUCUGCAAUGUCAAAGCCUAAUAUUUCCAAUGGUUCUUAGCUCCUUGAUUACAAUUGCGGUAUUUCUUCCUCUUUGCUGGUUCAUGGUUUACAAAGUUGGGAUGGGUAAUGCUGGAGCUGCUUUAUCCGUUAGCAUUUGUGAUUGGGUUGAAGUGACUUUUCUUGGCCUUUACAUUAAGUUCUCACCCUCUUGUGAGAAAACACGCGCUCCACCAUCGUGGGAAGCUUUUAGAGGGAUUGGCAGUUUCAUGCGUUUGGCUGUACCAUCGGCUCUUAUGAUUUGUCUGGAGUGGUGGUCUUACGAGCUGCUUGUUCUGCUUUCCGGGAUGUUACCAAAUCCUGCACUGGAAACCUCUGUGCUUUCUAUAUGCGUAUCUACAAUGAUACUGUUGGCCAACCUUCCUUACGGCAUUGGAAUAGCUACCAGUGUGCGCGUCUCAAAUGAAUUAGGCGCCGGCAACACACAAGGUCCCCGCUUGGUGGUGUGUGUUGCCUUGUCUAUUGUGGUCUGCUCAGCAUUCUUAGUGAGCACAACUCUUCUAUUACUGCGCCACUUUAUUGGAAUUGCGUUCAGCAAUGAGGAAGAGGUCAGGCGUUAUGUCACAAGAAUGGUACCCCUACUUUCCAUUUCAGCAAUUACAGACAGCCUCAUGGCAGUCCUUCAAGGUGUGUCUCGGGGCUGUGGAUGGCAGCAUCUAGGGGCUUAUGUUAACCUGGGUGCCUUCUAUCUUGUUGGUAUCCCCGUUGCACUCUACUUUGGUUUUGCAAUGCAACUAAGAGCAAAGGGGUUUUGGAUUGGCAUACUGGCUGGUGGAGCCACACAGGUCACUCUCCUGUCUGUUAUUACGGCUACCACAAACUGGAACAAGAUGGCCGACAAGGCGAAGGAGAGAAUAUUUGAGGACAGGCUUCCAACACAAUAAGCGUUGAAGAACUGACAUAUGAAUUUCUUUUGGAAUGCUUUACAAUCAGAGUCUAUGAUUAGUUUUUUAUUUAAUUAUGCUUAAGAAAAUGACCGUCGAAGCUCUUGUUACACGGACGAAACAUUAUUCAUAAUUGGACAACGUGUAGUUUUUUUGGUGCUGUUACUGUUUUCUUUUGUGUGUUUCUUUCGAUGGAUGAAUGUACUUUGGUGACCAUCCUGCCAACUGAUUAUGUGAAUUUGGAAAUAACUAUUAUUGAAUAUUGA